AUGAAAAUAGCGAUUGAAGGUUGCUGUCAUAGUCAACUAGAAACGAUCUAUAGAACCUUGGAGCAUAUUCAGCAAGUAGAAAAAAUUAAAAUAGACCUGUUGCUGAUAUGUGGCGAUGUUCAGACUGUUCGCAAUUGGGCAGAUUUAGAUUCCGUAGCAGUCCCAAUAAAGCAUCGUUACCUGGGCACAUUUUAUAAAUACUAUUCUGGGGAAUGUAAAGCUCCGAUUCCAACACUUGUGAUCGGAGGAAAUCAUGAAGCGAGCAAUUAUUUGUGGGAAUUAUAUCAUGGAGGAUGGGUAUGUGAAAAUAUUUAUUUUCUUGGAUACGCAGGAGUUGUCAAUUUUGGGGGUCUUCGAAUAGGAGGAAUUUCUGGGAUUUAUAAGAUGAAACAUUAUGAUUUGGGUCAUUUUGAGACUCUUCCAUAUUCGGAUUCAAGCCUCAGGAGUAUAUAUCAUAUUAGGAAUUAUGAAGUCACCAAACUUGAACAGCUAAGGAAACAAUUAGACAUCUUUAUGUCACAUGAAUGGCCUCGAGGUAUCGAACGAUACGGUGAUACACGGCGUCUAAUUGCAAAUAAACCUUUUUUUCAGGGUGAAGCAACUAAUAAUCUUGGGAACCCAGCGUGUGAACAACUUUUAUAUAAACUAAAGCCACGGUAUUGGUUUGCUGCACAUUUACACGUAAAGUUUUCUGCUGUAUUAAAUCACGAUUCGCCACGGAUUCCUAUAACUUCAAAAACGUCAACGACAUCACCCACAUCCAUAUCUACAACAGUAGCAACCUCUAAUAUUACAAAAACAACAGAAGUAACAAGAGAGCAAGUAGUGCCCGUUGUUUCUGUCGUUGAUCCGGAUGAAAUUCAAAUCAAUAUGACUGAUUCCGAAGAUAAUGACAAUGAAAUGGACAACAACGAAGAUGAUGGAAAACCUACUUCUACUGCAAUAGCAACAGCAGAAUCGAGUACCGCUGCUAUUGAGGACAAUAAUAAUCCUGAGGUUAACACCGAAGAAGAUGUUAUAAGUUUGUCGACGACUCCUACACAUUUUGAUGAUGCUGUGAUGCUGACGGCAGAAGACGACGACGACGAAGUUAUGAUAGGUAGUAGUACUAUGGAUGCAUCUACGCCUCCAGUUGAUUUCAGCAUUUCAUCACCAUCGUCAUCUGCUGAUAGGAUUACACGGUUUUUGGCACUUGAUAAGUGUAUGCCUUUUAGAGAUUUUUUGCAGAUCUUAGAUUUUCCGGAAGCAAAUGGACCACUGGAGUUCACGUAUGAUGAAGAAUGGCUUGCAAUCACGAAAGCGAUGCAUCCGUAUCUUAGUAUCGCUCAACAUCAGACAAAGAUACCGUCUGAUACAGAGUUACAACGACAAAUUGAAGUUCAAAAGACAUGGGUGCGUGAAAAUGUCACAUCACGAGUGAAUGGACUCACUAUCCCGCAUAAUUUCAAGCACACGAGUCCGCCGAUCGUUGAAGAUGAUAAUAAUCUGAAGUGGAAUUCAUUGGAUCCUCGUCAACCUUUUUUGAAUCCGCAGACUGUGACAUUUAACGAGUUACUAGGCAUCGAAAACAAGAUUAAUCCAAAAGGUCAAAUUAUUAAAUAA